UUAGCGGAGAGAAUCCGGACCCUAUUACCCAUAUUUGUCUCUUCGCCUCCCCACCCGGAUACCCGUCAGCCCGUUAUUUGUCUCUGAGUACGAUGAGGUCUCUGGUCGAAUUCGAUCGAUAACAGCAUAGCAUCAUUUCAAAGCUCUCCAUUCUCGCCAUGCGUACGUUAGCAGCGCAACUCAGUACUUAUUUGUUAAAAAGCAAACCAGGGAAUGUGCGAUCUCGCAAUUUCUGUUCAUCAUACUCUGGAAGAGAUGAGCUUGCCAUGGAAAAGGAGGCUGAAAGAAAAAUAGGAUGGCUACUGAAACUAUUGUUUGCUGGGACUGCAUCAGUUGUUGCUUACCAGUUCUUUCCAUACAUGGGUGACAAUUUGUUGCAACAGUCAGUGUCACUUCUUCAAGUCAAGGAUCCCUUGUUUAAAAGGAUGGGAGCAUCUAGAUUAGCGCGUUUUGCAAGAGACGAUGAAAGAAGAAUGAAGAUAGUGGAGAUAGGUGGGGCUCAAGAACUUCUAAAUAUGCUGGGGGCUGCUAAGGAUGACCGCACGCGGAGGGAAGCUUUGAAAGCUCUUGCUGCCUUGUCGCCCUCUGAUGAAGCUGUGGGAGCUCUGCAUCAUGCCGGAGCAAUCUCAGUUAUCCAAUCUACCCCAGAUUCGUCGGGGGACACAGAAGUUGAGAAAUAUAAACUGAGCUUGAUUAAGAGAUUCCAAGAUCUAAGAUACGAUAUUCCAUCUUAAUAUGUCAGUCAGAUGGAAACCGCGGGGGUUGAAAAUUGAGAUACACUUGUUAUGGAAAGGGCUGCGGGUUGUUUAACUUGUGCGCCUUUUGGCGUUCUAUCAAUGUCAUAUGCUUUUCUCAUGAAUGAAAUAAUUAUUGAAGUAUCUGAACUAAUCAAAUGCAUGUUUGAGGUUUUAA